CCUCCUCCUUAUUCACCCGCCCAACCGACCCAUAUCUCACCAACAAUUGACCAUCUUCCUCUUCACAUACUUCAUCGUAUCUUCUCUCUGUUACUUGACCCGAAAGCGACGCCUAGCGUUUGGAGCGGAGAGUACGAAGAGGAAUGUGUGAGAAGACUAUGGAGUUUGUUUAGAGGUGUCAGACCGGUUUGUCGAAGGUUUUACUUUGUAUCCACCUCUAUCCUCCGUUCCCAUUACUUACCUCUAUACCUUACUCGCCUCCUUCCUUCUCACUCCACUUCACUUACUUUGCCUACACAUUCCAUCGACACUCACCAUCCCCCUAUCUCUCAUGUUCCCCAUCAGAGGUCUAGAGAAACGGCGGUCCUAGAUCAUUUCAUAGCCAUCAUGGUGGGACAUCAACUCCGUUCCACCGAAUCGUCUCUCACCGAAGAACCUGAUUCCCUACGUGAAAUAUUCGUCCGACUUCAGCCUUGUGCGACGAUAGAAGAUCUACUGUCUUCUCUUCCAUCUUCUCUUAUCUCCGUAGGCCAACCAUUCGAGCGAUCGGCUAGACGUGGAGUACCUUUGCCUGUGGAAUACCUAACGAUAGGACUGACGCCAAGUUGGUGUCAGGUGUUUUUGAAUACGACGGAAGUAGGUAUGACGAGUGAAAGAGGGAGAAGAGGCGAGCUGGUCGUUGAAGUCAGAAGGGGGAAGGGGUCGGAGGAGACUGUUCAGAGGAUAGGAAAAGGGUUGGGGGAGUUGAGAGCGGGAACGGUUGGAUGGGGUGAUAGAGUGGAUUGA